AUGCUUCCUCGUACUCAUCACACGCCUGCUCAAGACCCUGACAGUCAGUCAAACGAUUCUAGUGCCGAGCAGUAUGCUCAAAGUGAUGAAGACGCUGAAGAAAAUGUUGAGGGAGAUAGUGAAGAGGAAAGUGGAGAUGAUGGCAGCGGUAAUGAAGAGGGUGAGGAUGACGAUAGUGAUGGGAUGGAAAUUGAUCCCUACAUCCAGUUUGUGGUGAACAUAAGGAAUUCGGCUCAGUAUACCAUAUUGAGGUAUCAUGAUCAAUUCUUGAGGCCUAAAGACACCACAGAUACCCGAUUCCACACCGCCUUCCAGAAGACAGUGUAUGAGCAGUUCUACCGAAUCCUACGCGAAUUGCCGUCUACUAAAUUAUCUGCCAUCAAAUUCAAAUUCUUCGAGAAACACUUGAUAUCAACCAUCGCCACCAAAAUCUCUAACCGUACCACCCUCAACUCGAAUAGCCCAAUCUCAAUUUUUAUAUUCAUAUUUUAUCAAACUCAUAUAAAAUCAAAAAUCGUUGAAUUCGUUUAUUCCGAUUUACCGCCGAUCUCACGCGAACCGCUGUUUCGUUCAUUCAUCUGUCCCUCCAAUCCAUCCAUUCAGCCAGCCAUCCAUCCAACUCUAUCUCGCUCUAUCUGUUUCCUCUCAUACCGGCGGCGCUGCACACCGUUUGGCCGGCCACCACGGCCACGCAGCUGCUUCCCAGCCACCUCGUCGCCACGCGUCUUCGACAGAAGCACAGUCUCGCCACCGACGUACCAGCAGCCAACUCUAAGUCGAGUUCGUCGUCGUCUCCUCGCCACCGCCUCUCUCCACUGCCUCUCUGCACCAGUAGCCACCCACUUCAUCCUUCCUGGCCACCACCCAUGGAGGAAAGUGAGGCCCCUACCUCCUCUUACUUUCCCCGAGAACGGCCAAAGCUUGCAUCGCCGGAGUUACUAUCGCCGACGCCGUGAAGCUGCCGGUCACACUGCAGCCGGCGAUGCUGUUCUUCAGAAUUCGUCGAGCACGUUGUCUCUUCUUCGAAAUCAAGAUCGUGUGGAAGAAAAGUCUAUCAAACCGUUGCAGGAGCUGACGUGGACCCAGACGACUGCAUUGAAGCUCCCAGAAAACCACAUAUUGCAAGAAGAGCAGGUCUUCAUCAAGGUUGCUCGUGUUAGGGCCGCUCCCUUCGCUCAGGCUCGCCUGUGGUGUUGUUGGGUCUUCUGCUUGCUGCUUGGUUGGUCUCUUUUGAAAACUAGGCCGACGUGCCAUAUUUCCGCUGCUAAGCAAGUUUUCCUCGCUGAGCUGGUGCUUUUAUACCUUUUCUGUGCGCAACUGAAUCCUGGACAGUUGUGCGUGUGGGAUCCCUGUUUAUUUCAGAGCAACUGCCAGAGUUUCAGUCAGAAGGUCAUCCGCAAGGUUGAAGUGAGGUUCAGUCUAUAGUCAAGAAUGCCUAUGGUGUGGAGCCAUCAUCGCCAACUGAAGCCGAAGAUUAAAUGGUUUAGUUUGUUAAUCUUU